GAGCUGGUGCUGAAAAAGGGGGUUUGCAGAGGCUGCCCUGGGGCUGGUGCUGAAAGAAGAGCCCGCAGCUGACUUCAUGGUGCUACAAUAACCUUAGAAUAUACUUUUAACUCCCAGGAGGACCCACAUGUCUAAUAUUUAGACAUGAUGGCAAACUGGGUGGAAGCAAGACCUCUGCUCAUUCUUACUGUUUUAUUAGGGCAAUUCGUCUCAAUAAAAGCCCAGGAAGAAGACGAGGAUGAAGGAUAUGGUGAAGAAAUAGCCUGCACCCAGAAUGGUCAGAUGUACUUAAACAGGGACAUUUGGAAACCUGCCCCUUGCCAGAUCUGUGUCUGUGACAAUGGCGCCAUUCUUUGUGACAAGAUACAGUGCCAGGAUGUGCUUGAAUGUGCUGACCCCGUAACUCCCCCUGGGGAAUGCUGUCCUGUCUGUCCACAUACAACUGGAGGUGGCAAUACCAAUUUUGGAAGAGGAAGAAAGGGACAAAAGGGAGAACCAGGAUUAGUACCUGUUGUGACAGGCAUCCGUGGACGCCCAGGACCUGCAGGACCACCGGGAUCACAAGGACCGAGAGGAGAGAGAGGCCCCAAAGGAAAACCUGGGCCUCGUGGUCCUCAGGGAAUUGAUGGAGAACCUGGUGUUCCUGGUCAGCCAGGUGCCCCAGGACCUCCUGGGCAUCCAUCUCACCCAGGACCGGAUGGCAUGAGCAGGCCAUUUUCAGCUCAGAUGGCUGGGUUAGAUGAAAAGUCUGGACUUGGGAGUCAAGUAGGACUGAUGCCUGGAUCUGUGGGUCCUGUUGGCCCAAGGGGUCCUCAAGGUUUACAAGGACAGCAGGGUGGUGUUGGCCCAGCAGGACCACCUGGUGAACCUGGUGACCCUGGCCCAAUGGGUCCAAUUGGUGCACGAGGACCAGAGGGCCCUCCUGGAAAACCUGGUGAAGAUGGUGAGCCUGGUAGAAAUGGAAAACCUGGUGAAGUGGGAUUUGCAGGAUCUCCGGGAGCUCGAGGAUUUCCUGGGGCUCCUGGUCUUCCAGGCCUGAAGGGUCACCGAGGACACAAAGGUCUUGAAGGCCCUAAAGGUGAAGUUGGAGCAACCGGUUCCAAGGGUGAAGCCGGCCCUACUGGUCCAAUGGGUGCCAUGGGUCCGAUGGGUCCAAGAGGAAUGCCAGGAGAGAGAGGAAGGCUGGGACCACAGGGUGCUCCUGGACAACGAGGUGCUCAUGGUAUGCCUGGAAAACCUGGGCCCAUGGGUCCUCUUGGGAUACCUGGCUCGGCUGGUUUUCCAGGAAAUCCUGGAAUGAAGGGAGAAGCAGGUCCCACUGGGGCGCGAGGCCCUGAAGGUCCUCAGGGGCAAAGAGGCGAAACUGGGCCACCUGGUCCUGUUGGAUCCCAAGGUCUUCCUGGUGCAGUAGGAACUGAUGGUACACCUGGUGCCAAAGGCCCGACGGGCUCUCCGGGCACUUCUGGUCCUCCUGGCUUAGCAGGACCCCCUGGAUCUCCAGGACCUCAGGGUAGCACCGGACCUCCCGGAAUUCGAGGCCAACCGGGUGAUCCAGGAGUCCCAGGUUUCAAAGGAGAAGCUGGACCAAAAGGGGAACCGGGGCCACAUGGUAUCCAAGGUCCAAUCGGCCCACCUGGUGAAGAAGGCAAACGAGGUCCCCGAGGUGAUCCAGGAACAGUUGGUCCUCCAGGCCCAAUGGGAGAAAGGGGUGCUCCUGGCAAUCGUGGCUUUCCAGGCUCUGAUGGUUUACCUGGACCAAAGGGCGCUCAAGGAGAGAGGGGUCCUGUUGGCUCUUCAGGACCUAAAGGAGGUCAGGGGGAUCCAGGACGUCCAGGUGAACCUGGGCUUCCAGGUGCUCGGGGUCUGACAGGAAAUCCUGGUGUCCAGGGUCCUGAAGGAAAACUUGGACCUUUGGGCGCUCCAGGAGAAGAUGGCCGGCCGGGUCCUCCAGGCUCCAUAGGAAUCAGAGGGCAGCCUGGGAGUAUGGGUCUUCCAGGCCCCAAAGGUAGCAGUGGUGAUCCUGGAAAACCUGGAGAAGCAGGAAAUGCUGGUGUUCCUGGGCAGAGGGGAGCUCCUGGAAAAGAUGGUGAAGUUGGUCCUUCUGGUCCUGUGGGGCCCCCGGGUCUAGCCGGGGAGAGAGGAGAACAGGGUCCUCCAGGCCCCACUGGCUUUCAGGGGCUUCCUGGUCCUCCAGGGCCUCCUGGGGAAGGUGGAAAGCCAGGUGAUCAGGGGGUUCCUGGAGAUCCUGGGGCAGUUGGCCCAUUAGGACCUAGAGGAGAACGAGGAAAUCCAGGGGAAAGAGGAGAACCAGGAAUAACUGGACUUCCUGGUGAGAAAGGAAUGGCUGGAGGACAUGGUCCUGAUGGUCCAAAAGGCAGUCCAGGACCACCUGGAACCCCUGGAGAUACAGGCCCACCGGGUCUCCAAGGUAUGCCAGGAGAAAGAGGAAUUGCAGGAACUCCUGGCCCCAAGGGUGACAGAGGCGGCAUAGGAGAAAAAGGUGCUGAAGGUACAGCUGGAAAUGAUGGAGCAAGAGGUCUACCAGGUCCCUUGGGCCCUCCAGGUCCUUCAGGCCCUACUGGAGAAAAGGGAGAACCUGGCCCUCGAGGUUUAGUCGGCCCACCUGGCUCCCGUGGCAAUCCCGGUUCACGUGGUGAAAAUGGCCCAACUGGAGCUGUUGGUUUUGCUGGACCCCAGGGUCCUGAUGGGCAGCCUGGAGUGAAAGGUGAACCUGGAGAGCCUGGGCAGAAGGGAGAUGCUGGCUCUCCUGGACCACAAGGGCUGGCAGGAUCCCCAGGGCCUCAUGGUCCUAAUGGUGUUCCCGGACUGAAAGGUGGUCGAGGAACUCAGGGUCCACCUGGUGCUACAGGAUUUCCUGGUUCUGCCGGCAGAGUUGGACCUCCAGGUCCUGCUGGAGCUCCAGGACCUGCGGGGCCUUUAGGGGAGCCCGGGAAGGAAGGACCUCCAGGUCUUCGUGGGGACCCCGGGUCUCAUGGACGAGUAGGAGAUCGAGGACCAGCUGGCCCUCCUGGUGGCCCAGGAGAUAAAGGGGACCCAGGAGAAGACGGGCAACCUGGUCCAGAUGGUCCCCCUGGUCCAGCUGGAACUACUGGGCAAAGAGGAAUCGUCGGCAUGCCGGGGCAACGUGGGGAGAGAGGGAUGCCCGGCCUUCCAGGCCCAGCAGGCACACCAGGAAAAGUAGGACCAACUGGUGCCCCAGGAGAUAAAGGUCCACCUGGACCUGUUGGGCCCCCGGGCUCGAACGGCCCUGUGGGGGAACCAGGACCGGAAGGUCCAGCUGGUAAUGAUGGUACUCCAGGACGGGAUGGUGCUGUUGGAGAACGUGGUGAUCGUGGAGACCCUGGGCCUGCAGGUCUGCCAGGCUCUCAGGGUGCCCCUGGAACUCCUGGUCCUGUUGGUGCUCCGGGAGAUGCAGGACAAAGAGGAGACCCGGGUUCUCGAGGUCCUAUAGGACCACCUGGCCGAGCUGGGAAACGUGGUUUACUUGGACCGCAAGGACCUCGUGGUGACAAAGGUGAUCAUGGAGACAGAGGUGAUCGAGGUCAGAAGGGUCACAGAGGCUUUACUGGUCUUCAGGGUCUUCCUGGACCUCCUGGUCCAAAUGGUGAACAAGGCAGUGCCGGAAUCCCUGGACCAUUUGGCCCAAGAGGACCCCCGGGUCCAGUUGGUCCUUCAGGCAAAGAAGGAAGCCCUGGGCCACUUGGGCCAAUUGGGCCUCCUGGUGUGAGGGGCAGCGUUGGAGAAGCAGGCCCUGAGGGUCCUCCUGGUGAGCCUGGUCCCCCUGGCCCUCCGGGACCCCCUGGCCACCUUACAGCUGCUCUUGGGGAUAUCAUGGGGCACUAUGAUGAGAGCAUGCCAGACCCACUUCCGGAGUUUACAGAAGAUCAGGCGGCUCCUGAUGACAAAAACAAAACGGACCCAGGGGUACAUGCGACCCUGAAGUCACUCAGUAGUCAAAUUGAAACCAUGCGCAGCCCUGAUGGCUCUAGAAAGCAUCCUGCCCGGACUUGUGAUGACUUAAAGCUUUGCCAUUCUGCAAAGCAGAGCGGCGAGUACUGGAUUGACCCUAACCAGGGAUCCGCUGAAGAUGCAAUCAAAGUUCACUGCAACAUGGAAACGGGAGAAACAUGUAUUUCAGCAAAUCCAUCCAGUGUACCACGUAAAACCUGGUGGGCCAGCAAAUCUCCUGAUAAUAAGCCUGUUUGGUAUGGUCUUGAUAUGAAUCGAGGAUCUCAGUUUGUUUAUGGAGACCACCAGUCGCCUAAUGCAGCCAUUACUCAGAUGACCUUCUUGCGCCUUUUAUCAAAAGAAGCCUCCCAGAACAUCACCUACAUCUGUAAAAACAGUGUAGGAUACAUGGAUGAUCAAGCUAAGAACUUGAAGAAAGCUGUGGUUCUCAAAGGGUCAAAUGACUUAGAAAUCAAAGCAGAGGGAAACGUUAGAUUCAGAUACAUAGUUCUUCAUGAUUCUUGCUCUAAACGAAAUGGAAACGUGGGCAAGACCAUCUUUGAAUAUAGAACGCAGAAUGUGGCACGCUUGCCCAUCAUAGAUCUUGCCCCUGUGGAUGUUGGCGGUACAGACCAAGAAUUUGGCGUUGAAAUUGGGCCAGUUUGUUUUGUGUAAAGCAAGCCGAGGUACAUCGACAAAGAGCACCACCCCUACCAUCAGUGACCACCACCAUUCACAAGACUUUGACUGUUUGAAGCUGAUCCUGAGACUCUUGAAGUAAUGGCUGAUUCUGCAUCAGCAUUGUAUAUAUGGUCUUAAGUGCCUGGCCUCCUUAUCCUUCAGAAUAUUUAUUUUACUUACAAUCCUCAAGUUUUAAUUGAUUUAAAGUAUUUUUCAAUACAACAGUUUAGGUUUAAGAUGACCAAUGACAAUGACCACCUUUUUAAAAAAGUAAACUGAUUGAAUAAAUAAAUCUCCGUUUUCUUCAUUUCAAUGUAAUGACAAAGUUGCUUAGUAUUUAUGAGAAAACCUUUCUUCCUGGCAGAUAGCUUAAAGAGUGGGGUAUAUAAAAUCACAACACAUUUAUUUCACGUGGCUGCAAUUGGAAAAAUGCAAUUUUGUGACCUCUCAUUUACAGAUUAUCAAUUAAAAAUGAAAUCAAAAUGUUUAUCCUUGUGAUUGAAACUGAAUGCUUGUCUUGAUAUUGUAUAACUAACACACAGACUCUUUAAA